AACAACCAAACACAAACUGGUGUUUGUCUUUUUUAAUUUCAUUUUUUCCCUUUAACUAACGCCCAACCUGACCCCGCCGUGACCGACUCAACAUUUCCAGCUUCGCCAGCACGUUGCUGCUGGUGCCGCCGCCCUAAACGCUUCAUCCGCGAUCUCCGACGAUUCCAUCUCUAAUCCUGUUUCUCUAAUAUCAAUUAUGAGAGAAGAUAUCUCAAUAUUUGCAGAUCUAUAGAUUUUUUUUUUGAGAUUUUUUUUUGAGAAAAAUUGGUAGAUUUUGGCCAUGGCGACGAGGAAUAGGACCAUAUUAUUUAGGAAGUAUAGAGAUGCUUUGAAGAGCGUUAGAAUUCCAGCGAGCUCGUCGACUCAUUUGGCAACGUCGAAAAGUUCCGGCGGAGGACCGGUGAUCGAGUUAGUGAGCACUUCGCUUCUCCAAAAUCGCUCUUAUGCUCCACUUAGUACUGAGGAUCCCGGUAACUCGAGUAAAGGUGCACUCACAGUUGGUCUACCACCAGCUUGGGUGGAUGUGUCUGAAGAAAUAGCUGCAAAUGUGCAGCGUGCACGCUCAAAAAUGACCGAGUUAGCCAAGGCUCAUGCUAAAGCUUUGAUGCCUUCAUUUGGAGAUGGUAAAGAAGAUCAGCGAAUGAUUGAGGCUCUAACUCAUGAGAUAACUGAUCUUAUAAGGAAAUCAGAGAAGAAAUUACAAAGACUUUCUGCAGCUGGGCCUUCUGAGGAUUCAAAUGUGAGAAAAAAUGUACAGCGCUCUCUUGCCACUGACCUUCAGAACCUUUCAAUGGAACUUCGCAAGAAACAGUCAACUUACUUGAAGCGCCUUAGGCAACAAAAAGAGGGUCAGGAUGGGGUUGAUUUAGAGAUGAACCUUAAUGGUAGUAGAUCUAGCAUAGAUGACGAAACUUUGGAUGACAUGGUGUUUACUGAGCGUCAAAUGGCCAAGCUGAAAAAGAGUGAGGCAUUCACAGCAGAAAGAGAAAGAGAGAUCCAGCAGGUUGUGGAAUCAGUAAAUGAGCUUGCUCAAAUUAUGAAGGACUUGUCAGUGCUUGUAAUAGACCAGGGUACCAUUGUUGAUAGGAUAGAUUACAACAUUCAGAAUGUUGCAACUACAGUUGAGGAGGGUCUUAAACAGUUGCAAAAGGCUGAGAGAACACAAAAACAAGGAGGGAUGGUGAUGUGUGCAACGGUGCUUGUUAUCAUGUGCUUUAUCAUGUUGGUCCUACUAAUCCUCAAGGAGAUAUUCUUGUGAUUUGUUAGAAAUUUCCAAAAUUCGCUCAUUCUUAUCUUGUGCCAUCCCCUGCAACUUUUACACGCUCAUUGAUGGAGAUUUGUCUUGUGUGGCAGAGGAAUGCUAGAGCUUUAAAAUUGCCCCAUUUCAUACCAGAUUAAUCAACUUCCAACUUUUCUUUUUAAUCAAAAUUUCUUAACGGGGAAAGGGCCUUUACUAGGGAAUGAAUGCCCUGGAAAGUGUAUAGAGCUGAUACUGGAUCUGGUUCUUUUGUCGCAGACCCAUCAUUGAUUCUUUUGAUUUUCCUGGGGAGUCUGGUGUCUUGUUUUCACCAAUGCUUCUGUUUACAAGGAAAUGAGGCUUUUUUGAUUGAUUGUAUCGAUUUUUAAAUUAGAUAUAAAAAUGAAAUGCUUCCGAGUA